AUUCUAUUAAAUUGGACGUGUACGAAACUCGUUUAAACCGAUACUGUAUCAGAGCACAGCUGGUGCUUGCUGCCUUGAGAUAUUUAGUUCUACCAGGGCGAGAUUGAGUUUUGCCACGUGAGAUUGAGCACAUCUCCAAAGUUCUUAUCAUUUACAGUGAAACAUUCUACAGUUCCUUUACACCUAACAUAACUGUUGACUUCUACAUCAUUUUUAAUUCGUGAUCUACAUAAAAAUCAUGGAGGCUGCUUUUUCUCAAUUGAGAUCUGAAGCGACAUCAAAGGAUCUGCGAACAUGCAUAGAGACCAUGGUGAAAAUUUAUAGGAACAUUCUCUCCCAACCUACUAACACAGAAUACAGAUCAUUGAGAACAAGCAGUUCAAAAUUUAACCAUCUUGUGUGGAGAUUCAAAGGAGCACAAACCUUCAUGCUGACUAAUGGAUGGAGGGAAGAUGGUGACAGAAUUGUUAUGGAUUCUGAGGUGGAUUUUGGAGCAGCUCUUGACUAUUUGAUUGAAAACAGAGCUGUAAAGCCCAGUGCAGAUGAGUGGGUAGCAGAUACAAAGCAAAUCAUUGUGAACCCCGAGAAAGAGAGGGAAGAUAAGCUUAGAGAGGAAGCCUUCAAGCAGAAAGAGAAGCAGAUGAUUGAGCUGAAAAAGAGCAUGAAGGAGGAUCGAGACAUCGCUGCUGCCAUCAAGGCAGAGCACCGCAAUGAUCUCAGCAAACGCAGGGUGCACAAAGCACAGAAGGCAGUGCCGCUUCCCAGCGAAAGAUUGAAUUCUCGUGUUUAGCCUCAUAAUUCUCAGUUUCAUUUACUGUAUUUUAUGUUAAAUUGCCUGGGUUUGGUGCAUAGUAUUUUCUAGAAUUAGCAGGUUAUUGAUAGUUGUUCAUAAUUUGUUUGAUAACUACCUAUGACAUUGUGGACUGGAAGUCUUUGAACAUAUCUUUAGUUUCCACUUUUUUAAUUCAUAAAAUUUUGCUGAUUUCUUCUCUUGAAUUCUUUUGGAAUAGUUAUUAUCUGACAUUCAGAAUAGUGCAAAUACUUUUUCUCACUCAAUUUAUACACAAAUUCCUUUAUAGUGAAAGUUACAAGUAUUUGAAACUCUAAUGUGAGGUAUUAAAAAUUUGAUUAGGACUUUACUGAGUAUUUUAUGAAUUCUGUAAUACUAUAGGAAAUUCCUACAUUAGUUGCAUGCUUUGUUGAUAUUAUUUAGGGAUUAAUUUACAGUAAUGCUCUCACUAUACUCAUUUCUUAGCGUUUAGUUGUUGAUUUACAGUAAUACUCAUUAUUCAUAUUAUUCAUUCCUUAUCGUGUAAUUGUUAAUUCAAAGUAAUACGGUUAGCAUGUAAUGAUCUUAAUUUAUUUAGUUUCUGUAAAAGACGUUAACUCUAUGUAAUGAUUGAGGAAAAUUUCCUUUACUAGUACUUCUUCUUACCUACGUUAAUUUCAACCACUUACAUGACCAAUGUUGGAGCAAUAAAUUUUCUGCCACCGAU